UGUAGCUUGCAUUUGAGUUCAUCAAUAAUAUGACUGGGAUAACCCCCACCGGGAAUGACAGCGAAUGUGGCAGCACAGCCCCCAAAAGUCCCUUUGUUUGCGUCUCACGACGCCAGUAUUUGAGCCUCUUGAGGAUCACAGUUGUGGAGGGUUUGCCCCUCCACCCUUCCAAAGAGGAUUCAGAAUUGAUCCUCGCAGGUCGUAUGUUGCUGCAUUUGUGGUUGCAGUUGGUGCGGCGCAUCUGCACAGUUUAGCAUGCUGCGUAGCUCCACUUAUUGUUUCUGUUGUGGUAGUGGUUGCUGCUGAGCCUGCUGUUAGUAUUGUUGAGGCAAUGUGCCCAGAUGCAAGUGUUGAUGUUGCUGCAAUGUUUGCACUUGCAUUUGUGUUUCAUGCUCUUGUCGUUGCAGGAUCUCAUAUUGCUGGAGUUGCGUCAGGCUUUGCUGCUGUUGGUGAUCACCUGGCAGGUACUGUUGCUGAAGAUGUUGUUCUUGUUGUUCCUGAUGCUGACAGUGCAUGUGGUGUUGUUGUUGUUUUGGCGAUGUCAGCAUUUGCGUGUCUGACUGGUGUUGGCAAUGCUGCAGUGUCGGCAUUUCUUGGGACCACCGUUGCUGCGUGUGCCACUGUGCCACAUGAGCAUGUUGUGCUUGUUGUAUCUGUUCCCCCACGUAUUGUAUCGGUGGAAGUUGUGUCAUUUGGCCUUGCUCUUGCCACUCUUUAUCCAUCAUCCGGGGGUGCUGUUGCAUCUGCGGUUGUGUUUCACGUUGGUGCAUUAGUAGUUGGUCAUCCUGUGGGUGUUGUUGUGCAUGUGGCUGUUGCAUUUGCAGUUGUUGGUCCUGGGUUCGCUGCAACCAUUGCAGAUUCAGCUGAUCCUGCUAUUGUUGGUUGUGCACGUGUUGUUUUUGCUGAACCUGGGGGGGCGAGAGGAGCUGUUGGUGGCAGGCGGACUGUUGUUGCUGUGAUUGCGGCAUUAGCUCCUUGGGCCGUAAUGGCAGGUGGUGGGUGUGGUCCUUCGUCGUCGCCGUGGAUUGUGGUCGAGCGGGGUGGGUUUCACAAGGCGUGUCCACGGUCAUGUGCAUACACCGAUCGGAGAUCCUUCCUAGGGCCAACUUUGGGAGCGAAAGCUUCGGGGCAUGGGAGGGAACAGGUUACAGGGCACGGAGGGGAAAGGGGGAAAGGAAAUUAUGUUACAGCAGAAGGGGCAGUGAAGACAUUGUCCCACAUGCUUACAGGAAAGCAAAUCAACUGCUCAAUUUUUAACAACGGGGUAUUUGAUGAGACUUUGACCGAUGAGGAUGAAGAAGUCAAAGGUAGACUGAGAGUGAAUUCCUUGGCCAUCAAGAACAAAAAGAUCCUACUUCUGACUGAGGACGAGGCAGAAGAAGUACGGGCGAUACCAUCAGAAGGGGAGGAGGAGGAGGAGGAAGAAGAUCCAAUACUAGAGUUCUUCUCCCGGACUGCAGGUACGUUUGAUGAACCAGAGGAGGAAGGAGAAGAAAAAGAUAUAACGCAGCCGCAAGAAGAAAAUAAGGGGGAUACGACCCUCCCUUUUAUCUUCUCCCCUCUCGCGAUAAUUCCUCAGGAAAACACUCCUCGGUCGUACGUACCACGAACCACCUCUUCAGUAAAGCGUCCUAGGAUAGAUGGUCUGAAACUCCAGGUCAGAGGGGGUGAGAACGAGAGCGGUGAAGGUCCUGAUGAGAUCAUGGGAAAAGACGAGUCUCUGCUCCUCCCCUCCAUCUUGCUGCAAGUUCCCUCUCCCCAGUGAUGAUUGACAAGUUGAACCUCGUUAAAAUUCAAGUACUGCAGAACCUGGGAGAGGUCGGAAUCCUCCCGGAACCUAAGAUGGCUCGCCAUUUGGUGGAUAAGCCAGAUGAUGGAAAGAUUGGCUGGUUUGUCUGAUAACCGCACAAUUUUAAUGGUGGACUCCUUUGCUGAGACAGUCCUAAAAAGGAAAACAGGAAAAAAUCUAAAUUUCUCGGUGGGAGAGCUCUUGGCAGCAGAACAACCUGAAUCAAGCAAAGGGGAAAAA